AUGGGAAUUAUUUGCUCUUCAAGCUAGCAUGCGACAAAAGAAAUUGAAUUAAAUAUUAGGUAAAUCAUUUCUUUGAUGAUUAAAGUCAUGAUGAAUAUUAGGCAGAACAUAAAGCGUUUGAAAAUACCCUUAAGGAAUAUGAAUACCUAAGACGAGAUUAUUAUCAUUAGGGAUGGAUGAAGACUAAAUUUCUAGUUGCUUCUACAAAAACAAAGGAAUUAUUAUACCUAAAAGAUGGAUAAAUCCUUAGGAUGUAAAUAAAUGAUUUAAAAAUAGAGAGUAAAUUAAAGAUUCUUCAAACAGUCUAGAAGUCUUAAAUAAUCUAGAUCAAAUAAAAAAUCUAGAAUGGGUUGGAAAAUAUGGAAAAGAUAGCAAAAAAGUUGGCAUUUGGACGGCUUUUUGGAAUGGAGAAAGACUAUAAGGAGUAGGUGGAUUUUACUCAAAGGAUGGAUUAAAGCAGGGUAUUUGGAAAGAAUUAAGAAAUAAUUAUUCUAAGUAAUAUUUAAUAAUGAAUAUAUUAGCUAUGCUCCAGUUUAUGAAAUUGGAGAAUAUAUAAAUAAUUAGAAAAGAGGAAUAUGGAAAUAUAUUUUAAAAAAUAGAGUCAUGUAUUAAUUUUUGAUUAUUUUUAGUGGUGGUGGAAAUUAUAAUGAUAAAGGAAAGAGGAAUGGUAAAUGGAUUGAAUUGAGUAAUUAUUUCUAUAGGUAUUAAUUAUAAAAAUUAACUAUUAUAAGUAAAUGUUAAGUCAGUUAUGUAGGGGAAUAUAAAGAUGGUAGGAAAGUUGGUAUUUGGUUUAUAGAUUUUAAUAGGAAAAGAAAUAAUUAAUUAAUGUAAGAUUAUUUAUUAGAUUUAUAUUAAAUUACUGAAAUUAAUUAGUGGAGGAGGAUUUUAUGUUGAAACAUAAGAAGAGGAUGGUUUCAUAAAAAAAGGAAAGUGGUUUGAAGAAUUAGAGGGAUAUGACGAGUAUCUAUAUAGGAUUAAAGACAUAUUUUAGGCCUAGCCAUAUUAGUUUUUUGGGUGAAUACAAAAAUGGAAUAAAGAUUGGUAUUUGGGACAUAGAACAUUAAUAUAUUUGUAAUAGAAAACUGUAAUUUUGAAUAAUAUUUUUCAAUUAAUUUAGAGGAGGAGGAAUAUAUGAAAGCCAGCUCAAUGUUGAUGGUUUACUAACUUCAAUCAAAGUUGGAAAAUGGAUUGAUUUGUGCGAUUGCUUUCAUUAGUAUUUUAUUUAUAUUAUCUAUUUUUUAGUAAUCGAUUUAUCACAUAUGAAGGCGAAUAUAAAAAUGGGAUAAAAAUUGGUAGUUGGGAUAUUAAAUGGGAAUAAACUAAGAUGUAAUAAUUAUAUUCGAAAUUAAAAAUAGAGGGGGUGGAUUUUAUGAUGAUAACAAUCAAGACGAUAUUAUGGAGGAUUCAGUUAAAAUUGGAAUGUGGAUUGAACAUUCAGAUACAUUUAAUAAGUAUUUGUUAUUUUUGAAUUUUUUAGUAGUAGCUAAAUUACUCAUGUUGGAGAAUAUUAGAAUGGUAAAAAACAUGGGAAAUGGGAUAUAUAUUUUAGGGAUUAUUCAAAGUAAUUAAUGUAAUUAUAUUUUCUUUUUUAAUAGUGCUGGAGGAUAGUAUGAAGUAAAACAAAAAGAAGGUGUGUUUUAUUCAUCUAAAAUUGGAUUCUGGACUGAAAUAUCUGAAUUAUUUGAAAAGUAUUUUUCUUGAUUAUAAUUAUAAGUGGAAGAUAAAUAUAUUAUUCAGGUGAAUAUGAGAAUGGUCUUAAAGUAGGUAGAUGGAAUACAUAUUUUGCAAGCAUAUUCUGGCAACAUGUUCAAUUAAUGUAAGUGAAUGAUAUUAUUUAUUCCAAAAAGUGGUGGUGGAUAUUAUUCUAUAGAUGAAAAAUAAGAUUUUUUGGCUUCAAUGAAGACUGGAAAAUGGAUUGAAUUUGAAACUGAAUUUUUUAGCGAUAUCACUUCUACAGGAGAAUAUAAUUAUGGGAGAAAGGUUGGCAGAUGGGAUAUUUGGACAAAAGAAGAUGACGAAAAUAUAAGAAUGUAAUAAUUAAUAAUGUAUGCAUGGGUAUUUCAGUGGUGGUGGAUCAUAUAGUGAAGCUGGAGUGAAGAUAGGCAAGUGGGUUGAUUUAUAUGCCAAACCUUCUAAUGUAAAAUUAAUAACUUAUAAUGGUGAAUAUAAAAAUGGUAAAAAAGUAGGUCGAUGGGAUAUUGAGUUUAGAUAGGAUAAAGAUAAACCAUUCUCUUAAAUGUAAAAUUAAUAUAUAAGGAGGUUAUAGAGGUGGUGGUUCAUAUAAUGAGAAAGGUGAUGGAAUUAAGAUUGGGUAAUGGAUUGAGUUAAAAGGAAAAUCAAAAGACGAAACUUGUAAUGGUGAAUAUUAAAAUGGUAAAAAAGUUGGUAAAUGGGUGGUAUCAAAAAGAGAUAAGAAUAAAAUGGAGGAGAUAUUAUAAAUAGUCAAAGAAAUCAAAUAUGAUUAUUGA